AUGGAAAGAGACACCGGAUUUGGUUACCAUCACCAUCCGUAUUUGAUGCCUUCCCAUCCGAAUUUAUCACAUUUUCCUACCGAAAUUACCCUUUUGAAUCCCUUAUCGGGCUACGUAAAUCCUCACCCGUCUCAAAACCCAAACCCAAACGCAAACAUACCAAAUAACCCACCUCCCCCAAAGAGAUUCCUCGUUUUUGACCGAUCAGGUGAAAAAACCACUCUUUUCUACACUCGACCUUCUUAUUGGGCUCCUCCGAACAAUCUUAUGACUUACAAAGAGAAAAACACGGUGGAUAAUAAUAAUAUCCCGAGAGGUCUAACGAAAGACGACGAGUCGUUUCGAGAGAAUUCGGAGGAACUCGAUGCCCUCCUUUGUUCUUCGGAUGACGAUUUUUGCUCGGACGAUGAUGAUGUGACGAGCACAGGCCAUUCGCCGAGUGACUUGACUGACGAGGGCCCACACGAUCCCCCGGCCGAGGAAAAAACGGGCCACAACAGCUUUGUGGGGCCCACCACAGCCAAACGCGGCAGAACAGGGCCCGUGUUGCUGGAGGAGGAUGAAGCAGAGUCUUGCAGUGGGCCCCGCAAAAGGUUGAGGAGAGAAAAGGUGCAGUUUGCACUCGGGGCUUUGAGGAGCAUUGUCCCGGGCGCGAGAGGUAAAAACGGGAUUUCGGUUAUUGAUGAGGCUAUUGAGUAUUUGAGGUCUUUGAAGGUUGAAAUGAAGGCUCUAGGGCUCGAUGAUCUUUGA